CGAGUUUAUUUGACAAGUCUUUAUUCAAGCUAGCCGUGUCUAUAAUUCUACCAGACCUGAAACUAAGCAUUUAUUCAAGCCAGCGGUUGACUAUUUCAGUGUUUACAAUUCUACCAGACCUAACCCGUGUUGUAUUCAUGUAUGCAACUAUAGUUAAUUAUAACAUUCAUUUGGAACGUCCACCAUACUAGAUAAAUAUUGGGAUGAUCACCAUAUUAAUGUUGGGAUGAUCACCGUACUAGAUAAAUGUUUGACUGGUCCUGGAAUCUAUAAAUAAGAACAUAAAAUGGAAGAAAUCCGAGUAUCUAUUAUAGGAAAGACAGGGGUUGGUAAGAGCGCAUUAGGGAAUGCGCUGUUACAACACAAUAUCUUUAAAUCACAACAACAGAUUACCUCUGUAACAUCAGAAUGUGGUUCGGGACAACGACAUCUUCAGUUAAACGGUGUAGAUACCUUACUAAAAGUUGUGGAUACACCAGGUUUGUUUGACACGGGUAACAGUAACAAAACAAUAGCCAAGGAAAUCGUUAAAUGUAUUCAUAUUUUAUCACCAGGGCCGCAUUUAUUUAUUAUGGUAUUCAGAAUUGACUUAAGACUCUCAAAAGAGGACAUAAAAGUUCUUGAAUAUUUUAAAAACACUUUCGGUGAACUGAUUGAUAAAUUUGCCGUUGUGGUGUUUACUGGGAAAGAUCUACUGGUUGAUCGAAGUGAAGAUGGUGCUAUAGGCGACUUUCAUACUCAUUUGUCAACAUUUAGUGAUGUUUUUAAACACUGCCAAUCGGCAACGAUCAAUAAUGGAAGGAAACAUACAACAGAAGGAAAGACGAAGGAUGUUGAUGGAAUCUUACAAUUACUUCAGACAACUAUACAGAAAAAUGGUGGGGCCUAUUAUAAAAACGAAAUGUACGAAGUGGCGAAGAAGUUGUUUGAAGCCAGAAUACAAGACCAAGAAGUAGUCAAUCAAAACAGAUGGGCCGAAAUAGCUAAACUGACGAAGCAAAUUGAACAAUUCAAACAACGGGAAGAGGAACAAAAACAACGAGAAGAGCAAUGGGAAGAUCACCAAAAACAACGAGAAGAGGAACAAAAACAACGAGAAGAGCAAUGGGAAGAGCACCAAAAACAACGAGAAGAGGAACAAAAACAACGAGAAGCCAGAAUACAAGACCAAGAAGUAGUCAAUCAAAACAGAUGGGCCGAAAUAGCUAAACUGACGAAGCAAAUUGAACAAUUCAAACAACGGGAAGAGCAAUGGGAAGAGCACCAAAAACAACGAGAAGAGGAACAAAAACAACGAGAAGAGCAAUGGGAAGAGCACCAAAAACAACGAGAAGAGGAACAAAAACAACGAGAAGAGCAAUGGGAAGAGGAACAAAAACAACGAGAAGAGCAAUGGGAAGAGCACCAAAAACAACGGGAAAACGAUUUGAGAAAUUGGGAGCUAGCAUUGAAACCAAAAGAUGGACUGUCUUACACAGAACAAGCCACCACAUCAGCAUAUCAAUACGAGAGUCCACCUCGUGCCAAGAGGAGAAAGUUCAUAUCUAGAAGAGAGAAAGGGAUGAUGUCACCUGAAGAUAACAGUAGGAUAAUAUCUAACUAUUAUGACUCUAUAAUUAUUUAUGUAAUCUUGUAAUUAGUUCUUGUCCAUGGCUUAUUUGAAGAAUUUAACGAAAAUUAUGGGAAUAAUUUUGAGCGUGAAUGCCAACCUUUUCUGAAACCACGUGACUGUGAGAGGAUGAACAUUACUGAUUUUCAGCCAAAUUGAGGGCAAUUAUUGAGUGAACAAAAGACUGGAUGAAAUGGGAUUCAACGCCUUACAUGUCUGAGCAAAUAAAAUCUGGUAUACACCACGUAGCGUGCUAUGAAAUAUUUAUGUUACUUUGUAAGACCUACGGAUACCUAAACGUCGUCUCAUUGUCACUGUGCAAAUAG